AUGGUCGUCUUCAACCUCAUCCACGCACCCCCAGUUACGAGGUUCGAGUCCGACAAGCCCGAGUCGCGCACCUUCGCGCGCCAGCACGAGCUCCCGCGUCUCCCUAUCCCGUCGCUCGAGGACACAUGCCGCCGGUACCUGACCGCGCUCGAGGGCCUCCAGGAUCCAAAGGAGCACGCGAAGACGAAGGUCGCGGUCGAGGACUUCCUCAGGAACGAUGGGCCGAGGUGGCAGGAACGGCUUCUGAAGUACGCUGAGGACAAGGCCAGCUACAUCGAGGAGUUCUGGUACGAGUCGUACCUCUCCCACUCGGACCCAGUCGUGCUUGCCCUCAACCCAUUCUUCGUCCUCGAGAAUGACCCAACACCAGACCGAGGGUCGCAGCUCCCUCGCGCAGCCUCUCUCAUUCUCUCCUCUCUUGGCUUCAUCCAUGACCUGCGGGCGGGAAUGCUGGAGCCCGAUGCCGUCCGGGGGACACCGCUUGACAUGGACCAGUACACAAGACUCUUCGGUACCGCUCGGAUACCCACCGAUAGAGGAUGCCGGAUGGAGAUCCACACGGACUCGCGGCAUAUCGUCGUACUAAGGCGCGGCCAAUUCUACUGGUUUGACGUUCUCGAUGCAGAGAACCGACCCGUCCUAACAGAACAGGAGAUCCACCGCAACCUCCAGGCCAUCGUCAGGGAUGCUGAGGAGCUACCAGUUCACGAGGUUGCCCGGAAUUCCAUCGGUGUGCUUUCAACCGAGAACCGCAAGGUGUGGUCGAGCUUGCGGGACGCGCUCUCCAACAACCACAACAACGAGUCUUGCCUGCAAAUCAUCGACAAUGCGUUGUUUAUAGUUUGUCUCGAUGACGCAACGCCCGACAACCUCGCCGAACUGUGCAACAACUUCCUCUGCGGAACGUACAACCUGAAGGGUGGCGUGCAGGUCGGGACUUGCACAAACCGGUGGUACGACAAGCUGCAAAUCAUCGUCUGCGCAGACGGCUCCGCCGGCAUCAACUUCGAGCACACGGGAGUUGACGGACACACCGUCCUCCGCUUUGCCGCCGACAUCUUCACCGAGGGCCUCAUGCUGCUCGCGCGCUCCAUCAACCCUUCCGCGCCGACACUCUUCCACGCGCCGCUCUCGCCGUACGCCAAGUCAUACAAGCCUCCGCGCAACGCGCCCGCGCACGCCGCCGCGAAGCGGACCCCGCCGACCUACGUGAUCGACACGGUGCCCAAGAAGCUCGAGUGGACGCUGUACCCCGAGCUCCGCGCGGCGAUCCGGUUUGCGGAGACGCAUCUGAGCGACUUGAUCUGCCAGAAUGAUUGCCAGGCGUUGGAGUUCAAGGGAUAUGGGAAGAAUUUCAUCACGAGCCAUGGGUUUAGCCCGGAUGCGUUUGUGCAGAUGGCGUUCCAGGCGGCGUACUAUGGGUUAUAUGGUAGGAUUGAAUGCACUUACGAACCCGCCAUGACGAAGCACUUCUUGCACGGCCGCACAGAAGCGAUCCGCACCGUACAACCGCAGACGGUCAGCUUCGUCAAGACCUUCUUCUCCGAAGCGCCUCUCGCGCAGAAGAUCACCGCCCUCCGGAACGCCUGCCUGGGGCACGUCAAGCUCACGAAAGAGUGCAGCCAAGGAUUCGGGCAGGACCGGCACCUCUAUGCGCUCUACUGCCUCAUCCAGCGCGACCGCGAGGCCGCCGCGGAGGCGGAGCCGCCGCUGUCGCCCGGGGGCAGCACGACGUCGAGCUCGAGCAGCGGCGCGGAUAAGCCGCCCCUGCCCGCGAUCUUCGGGGAUGCGGGGUGGCGGGCGCUGGGCACGAGUAUCCUGUCGACGUCGAACUGCGGGAACCCUGCGUUGAGGUUGUUUGGGUUCGGCCCCGUCGCGGCGGAUGGGUACGGGAUUGGGUACAUCAUCAAGGACGAGGGCAUCUCUGUAUGUGCGUCUUCGAAGCAUUUGCAGACCCGGAGGUUCUUGGACACCCUCGAGGGCUACCUUCUCGAUAUCAAGCGGAUGCUCAUCCAGCAGCAUGUGUCUGCCAACCCGAAGCCGGAGCCCUUCGUGGACCACGCUGGCAUCCUGCGCGACUCCAAGACUGGACGGCCGAUCAACGGCCAGGCCCACGGCGGGUACAGUGAAUACGACGAUGGCUUGAUGCCGGGCUACUCGUUCUUCGACAGCGGCGAUGUCGAGAUGCUCGGCCGGCGCAAGCGCAUGCCGUCGUACUACAACACCGGCAAGAUCAUCCCGCUUGCGGAGUACAGCUGA